CAUUUUAAAUAAAUUUUCAACUCAAAAAUAUGCGAUUCAUAAUACGUGCACAUCCAACUAUCAUCGUCUUAUAUGAUUUUAGACAAUAUUUAACUAGCUUUUAGUUUCAAUAGUGCAACUACUCCAUAUAUAUAUAUAACGACAUUUCAACCUCCUAUUUGAAAUUGAAAACCCUAACCCCUCAAUUAUUAAAUCUGUAGCUAAAUUAUGACUCGACGGUUUAGAUUUCUGCUAACCGGUAACUCCUCCUCCACUUCGCCGACGACGGAGGAGGCGGACCCACCGUCAGCCACGGCAGCGGAGUCCGACUUCAUAGUUAUACUUGCUGCUUUACUCUGUGCAGUAAUCUGCGUCUCCGGACUCAUCGUAGUAGCUCGUUGCACUUGGCUUCGGCGGGACACGCCGGAAAAUCCACCGCCGGUGAAGAAUAAAGGUUUGAAGAAGAAAGUUUUGAAGUAUUUACCGAAAUUCAAGUAUGAUCCGUCGAACGGUGAUCUGCCGUUCGCGGCGGAGUGUGCGAUUUGUCUGGUGGAGUACGUAAAGGGAGAUGAAAUCCGAGUGUUACCGAAUUGUGGCCACCGGUUUCAUCUCCAGUGUGUAGACACGUGGCUUUUGUCGAACUCGUCGUGUCCUUCCUGCCGUCGGAUUCUCGUCGUUGCUCGUGCUCGGUGCCGGAAGUGCGGCGAGGUUCCUUCAAUUUCCGGCGAAUCCACCGACGGAGGUUCAAUUCUAACACCGGUUUAGACUACAACUUCCGGUAGGUAAAUGGAGUUAACAUGAAAAAGUCGCCGGCCGGAGCACCGUCGUAACUGUAAAUUGGUAACGGAGUUUUGUUCGGCGAUUGAAACGGGGCCCGCAUCGCAUAAGGGUGAGGGAUAAGGAUGAGCAUACUUUCCUUGUGUGAUUAUGAUGGAAGUGUAAGAAAGUGACAAAAAUGAAAUUAUGGUUGUUGGAAGGGAACGAAAAAAAGUUUUCUUUUUAAUUGUAUGUAUUUUUUUCCUUUUUUCAUUUUGGUACAAUGAGAAAAGAUUUUUAAAAAAAGUUAAUUUUUUUAAAAGUCGAUACAUUGAUUUGUCUCUUUCUAGAUGUAUUUAAUGGUAUUCGAUAAGUAUGGAUGAUGUUGUAUGGCCUCA